AUGUCAGAUGAAAAUGAACCUGCUGCCGUUGAAAAAGGUGACAACACAGAGACACUUUCAGCAGGAACCGGAGAAGACGCUGAACAGGAAGUUGCAGAGGGACGGGGGAGGCGACUUCCUCCCGACAUGUUCUACGAUUACAAAGAGCUUUACUCCAGACCGACCGUCACCGCUGACUCCCAGAUCCCAGAAAACCUCCUGAACCUGUCUCACUGUUUCGGCUACGACUGUGGACGCAGGGCCAACCUGCUGCUGCUGGACGAACACACCCUGGCCUUCGUGGCUGGAAACCUGCUGGUCCUGCUGGACAUUCCCUCCAAAACGCAGAGGUACCUCCGGUCCUGCAGCGGCCGAGGAAUCGGAGCUAUCACGACUCCUCCCAGUAGGCGGUACUUGGCAGUAGCAGAGAAGGGGAACCGACCCAACAUCAUCAUCUACCAGUAUCCGUCAUUACGUCCGUACCGCAUCCUCAGAGGCGGGACGCAGCGGGCCUACAGCUGCCUGGACUUCAGCGGUGACGGCGGGCUCCUGGCCAGUGUGGGCGGAGCUCCAGACUACAUGUUGACCCUGUGGGACUGGAGGCAGGAGGAGGUGAACCUGAGCUGUAAGGCCGUCUCCCAGGAGGUGUUCAGGGUCACCUUCUCCCCACACGACCCCGGGACGCUCACGUCGUCUGGAUCUGGACACAUCAAGUUCUGGAAAAUGGCCAGUUCCUUCACAGGACUCAAACUGCAAGGCCUCAUGGGACAUUUUGGGAAAACCACAGCCACAGAUAUUGAAGGCUACGUGGAGCUCCCAGAUGGAAAGGUGGUCUCCGGCUCCGACUGGGGAAACCUGCUGCUGUGGGAGGGAAACGCCAUCAAAGUGGAGAUCUGCCGCAAGGAGGGGCGGAGCUGCCACGCUGGGACCGCCCUGCCCUUCGCCCUGGAGGAGGGUCAGCUGAUGAGCAUGGGCUCGGACGGCGCCGUCCGGGGCUGGGACCUGGACGACAUCGACGCUGCUGACGUCCAGAACAGCAGCAGCAGCGGCAGGUUUGAGAUGGAGCCCAUGAACGAGCUGAUCAUUGGACACAACGUCAGCCUGGUGUCGGCGGUGAAGAGCUGCCUGGCCGACACCUUCAUCUGGUUCGCUCAGGAUUCCAGUGGAGGCAUCUGGAAACUGGAUCUGUCCUUCACCAACACUUCUGCAGAUCCACAGUGUCUGUUCUCCUUCCACUCUGGAGCUGUUCAGGGCAUGGACGUGUCCAGGAGGAGCCACCUGAUGGCCACCACCGCCCUGGACCGUUCAGUCAGAGUCUUUGACUUUCUGGCAAAAAAAGAGCUGACAUGCAGCCGCUUCAACCAGGGAGGGACCACUCUGAGAUGGGCCCCGCCUCCGGUGAACCCCAGUGGGGGUUUACUGGUGGCCGGUUUCGAGGACGGUGUCGUUCGCCUCCUGCAGCUCCAAGACCUUCACAAGCUGAACGUGGUCACUGGGAGGAGCCGCAAAGGAGAGGCGGAGUUAUGCCUCAACCAGGCCUUCAAACCCCAUAAUGCACCUGUGACCGCUGUGGCCUAUGAGAGGAAUGGACAGAUGUUAGCAACCGGGAGCUCAGACUGCACCGUGUUCUUCUUCACCGUCGGUGACAAAUACGAGCCCGUCGGCUUCAUCCGGGUCCCGGGGCCGGUCCAGGGUCUAGAGUGGUCCCCUCAGGCCCAUGUGGAAAACACGCUGCUCGUCCUCUGUGCCAGCGGUCACGUGGUUGAGGUCCAGAGUCCGGAUCCCAAGACCCAGAGCCCAAACAAAACCUUUGAGCUCCCCGAUGUGAGAACCAGAACCUUCAGCUUCAGGAGCAUCAAGUCCCGACUCAAGAGAGAAGAGGAAAUCGCAAGACGCCAAGCUGUAAAAGAGAAGAAGAAGAAAGAGAGAGAAGAGAAACUGAAAGAGUCGAAGCCGUCUGAAACACCUGUGGAAGCAGAGGAAGAGAAGGAAGAGGAUGAAGAGGAGGAGCUGCCCCCCAUCCACAUCCCCAGCCCCCCCAGUCCUCUGGCCUGUGGCUUCUACUCUCAGCCUGGACACUUCUGGCUGUCGAUGGGAGGAUACGACUCCGGUUACCUCUAUCACUGUAAGUUCACCCAGGAGCAGGACCGGGAUCCGGAUCAGCGCCGGGACGAGCCCUUUGACGCCCUUCCGGUCCACGACUCAGACCAGGACCCCAUUCUCUGCAUCACCUUCAGUUCCAACAGGCGUCUGCUGUUCUGUGGGAUGAACUCAGGCUUCAUCAGGGUUUAUCCUCUGGAGGACGGAGACGUGGGCCUCACAUCCAUGAAGGCCUACUGGGCGCUCAGCAUCCACGACAACCACUACGGACACCUGCGACAUGUCGGCUGUAGCCACGACGACCUGUUUGUGCUGACGGCGGGAGAUGACGGCAACAUCUUCUCCUUCAGCCUCCUUCCUCCAGAGCAGCUGCAGAGGACGAAGGCCCAUGUACCUUCACCCAGGGUUGAUUUGGAGAAUGAGGACGUGGCUCAGGACAUCCAGGACCCGACCGCCUACAGCAUCGAGACGGCCAAGCAGAAGAUGGAGAGUGACCGUCUGCGCAGAGAGGCCGACAUGAUGAAGGCGGCGAAGCGGAAGAGGCUGGAAGAUCUGAGGAAGAAGUUUAAAGAGCUGAAGGACAGGAACCAGACGCUGCCGGAGCACGUCCGCCUGCCGCCACAGGAGUUUGUGCUGGAUUCACGUUUUUCUGAAGAAGCGGAACAGCAGAAGGUCCAAAAGGUGGAGGAGGUCCAGAAGGAGCUGGCCUGGAAGGAGGAGCGCUGGAGCACCGCACGCAACAAACUACUGGACCGGUUUAAAGACUCUCUGGGCGUGGUCACCGUGGCUGCCAUCCGAUCUGACCACAGAAUCUCCACCUACCGUGUGCUGGCUCCGCCUCAGCCGUUACAUCACGUGGGCGUGGUGAGCGCUGACGGCGGUGGCGUCGAAUCAGCUGCAGCGGAACACAGGAAACCCAGAACCGACCCUGAAAAAGACGACACCAUCAAAGAAGAUGAGGCGGCGUGGCGCCCCCUGGUGGGGGCUGGUCCUGCAGGUGUGAAGCUGGCCGACCGGCAGGUGGAGAGGCUUCAGAAGGCGGCAGAGAAAGCCCAACAGGCCCGAGCCAAAAUAGAGAAGAGGAAGCAGGAAUGGAAGCGUUUUUACGCAGAGAAGCCGGACGACGACUUCGAGGAUCCGCUGGACGUUCAGGCCGUCCUCGAAGCCACGGAGGACAUCAGACGUGACACCGUGUCCAAACGCCAGGGCAGGAUGAACGUCCAGACCAAGACAGAGGAGAUGAGGGACCUGGAGGCAAAGGUCCGUGAGGCGCAGACCGACAUGAACUGUCGGAUUGUGGCCUUGAGGGACUCGAAGCUCCGCCUCCUGGCUCGUCUCCGGGCGCAGGCUCGGCAGCUCCGGAGGGUCCAUCGGCGUCUGUCGGCUGACGAUCAGAACCCCGCCCCCCAGCUACCCCGCAUGCUGCCAGAGGAGGCGCCAGAGAAGAGGCUUCACUACGACCGGAGCACGCUGCAGCGAUACCGAGAGCUGAGUGGAAAACGGUCUUCAGACCAGGACCAGGACCAGGAGGGAGGUCCGAGUUUGUUGGAGUAUCUGGACAAAGAGAUGGAGGGACAGGAAAGGACGGAAGAAGAGGAGGAGGAGGAGGAGGAGGAGGAGGAGAAGAGUACGAGUCAGUCAGAGGGGGAGGAGUCAGUGGUGGAGGACGGUGUGGAGCUGAGUGAGCUGGAGGCGGGGCUACAGAUGGAGAACCACCUGGGACUGAAAUACGAACAGGACCAUCUGCUGGACCAGAUGGAAACGUCAGUCAGUCUGUUCGACGCCCAGCUGAUGCUGCUGCUGGACCACAAGCUCCGCCUGGACCUGGAGCUGAAGCGGGCCGACCUCCAUCAGCUGACCCUCUACCAGGACCUGCUGGUCCUCCAGGACUUCCAGAAGACCGAGGACGACCUGAACCAGAGGUUCAGCCAACGUGUCAGGGAGGAGAGCAGCAUCAAGUCUAAACUGGGGGAAUAUAAGGAACACCUUCAGUCCAAGCACAAACUCAUCUCCAAGCUGCAGGACAAAAUUAAAGCGCUGGCGGACGACUUCCACGCCUCGCUCGGCCAAGACAACAAGUUUGAGGAGUUUCUGACGCAAGUCUUUAACAAGAAUAUCAAACGUGUAAAGAAGAAGAAGAAGAAGACGACGGCAGGGGAGGAGGAGGAGGAAGAAGAGGAGGAUGGCAGCGAUGAAAACUCAGAUGAAGAUGAUUACAGCAGAGUCAUGGACAAUGGAAAACCUCCUGUGGACGACCCUGUGUGUCCUCCAAAGUGCGACCCGGAGCUGUUGGAAUACACUCUGCAGCUGAGAGAGCGUCGCCUGGACCUGGAGGAUCAGCUGCUGGAGGAGAAGAAGAACGCCGAAGCUCUGAAGAAAGACUGGGAAACUCUGCUGAAAAAGGAGGAAACGGUGAAGAGCAGCAGGAAAACGGUGGAGGAUGAGCUGGAGCUGGUCAACAGAGAGAAGCAGCAGAAGAUGGAUGAAGUCAGUGUGGUGGUUCCACUGCGACUGCACCAGGUUGAGUAUGUGAUUAACGGCUCGGUACCGGACGAUCUGAGCGAGGUGCUGGUUCUGGACCGGAAGGAGCUGAACCGGCUGCAGGAGCGCAUCAAGCAGCUGCAGGUGGAGAAAACCCAGCAGAGAGAAAGGCUACGUCAGGCCUGGCAGCAGCAAAUGAAGCUCAGCCACGACCACAGAGAGAAGGAGGCCAAGGUCCAGGAGCUGCAGACACAGUGCAGUGAACUGAUGGUGAUGAAGUUUGGGAGGCAGGUGGAUGUGGAGGCUCUGCAGACGCUGUCAGGGAACAGGAGGAUGGAGGAGCUGAAACAGGAGAAACUGCUGAAGGAGGCCCAGCACGCCACGGAAAUCCAACAGUGGGACCUGAAGGUUUGUGAAGCUCAGGAGGUUCUGGACGAGGAGACGAGGACCACCACCGAGCAGAUGCAGACCAUGAUCGGCCUCCUGGAGAACAACCGAGACCUGGAGAAGAAACUCGACACCCGACAGAAGAAAACGGGGGGGCAGUUUGACGACCACAGGAGGCGUGAAGACCAGGAGGCCGUUCAGAGGCUCCAGGCCUUGGUGGACAGUCAGUCCCAUCAGGCCCAGGCCCUCCGGAGAGAGAUCAGGAUCCUGUCCCGCCAAGGAGGCUACAUCCAGCCUCCCAGCUGGUCCCCUCCGCCCCCGCUGCCCCCGAUACCGCAGCACGGCCACCUGCCCACCCCCACCGAGAAACCGGGACUCCGAGGAUAGAGCUCCCCCUGCAGGCGGUAAUCACCCCAAACAGAAGCACG